AUGGGUAUCAGGCUCAGCCACUAUACACGAUUUCAUAUCUCAACUCACCAACGACUAAAUGAUUUCAAAGUAGCAACAUGCGUGCACUGCACGGAAAAAGUAAUCCGCGAAGCUGCAUUUGGCUUCUCUGGUAGAGAGAUUGAAUAUUCGGUGUAUCCAACCACUGAAGGAGAAAACCUAUGUUUAAUUCGAGCAGGCACAAAGCUCGAGACGACUUGCUUGCCAAGAAAUGAUGGAAGACAUUUCGUGCGGGCGUACAUGUAUCUUGUUGAGCGAAAGAAUUGGAACUCCCCGAAGAGCUUUGAACAGUACAAACUUCUCGACAGUAUGAAUCGUCCAAUCAUGUCUAACACGUUGAAGCUUGUAUAUAAGCCACUAAAACCCCUAUAUAUUGUAAUCGGCGAGCUAGCCCUUCACGGGAAGACAAUCUGGGCAGACAUUGACAGCGGGGUUGAAAAAACGUUUAAGGAAGUUGGAAAAGUAACAUUAUGGUUUGGUAUCAUUAAUCAAGUUUCUUUCCGGGUGAGGAAGAUAUGGGAAGCCGAAAGGGAAGAAAAAGACAGAGGAGAGAAUCCAUAG